GUCAAAUCAAAUGUCAGUCCUUGGCUAUCUUUAACAAAACGGUGAAAUAUUUUAUAAAGAAACAGCUUUAAAUUUUUAUCAUGAAUGGUGGGUCGUUAUCGUUUUACCCACUUAGACUUGUGAAUGUUAAACACCAAUGAAUUCGAUAAUCAUGAGACUGAAAGCAUAAGCAAAUCUUUUCGUUAGCAGAAAGAAAUUGUCUUCAAGCAUGGAAUUAACUCCAGAAAGAUCGCCGGAGAACCAACCCAGGGGAGAACGUUGGGAUCCCCUGGGAGCACCAACAGAUGAGGAUGAAAUUGAUUUUGAUAAUUUUGAUUGUGAAGAACAUCAACAACUUUAUCUUCAUAGAUUUGCUAUAGAUAAAAUAAGAUCAAUGGAAGAUGAGCAAGAACUUCUAAAUUCUUCUUUAUUUGCGUUAACAACACAUUUCGCCCAAGUUCAAUUUCGUUUACGCCAAGUUGUAAACUCUCCUCCUGAAGAUAGAGAAGAGUUACUUAAAUCGCUAGAGGAGUUCGCCUUUCGGGGAAUUCCUGAUGUGGGAUUAGUUAAAGAGAAAAUGGAUGAAGCUAGUUUGGCUGAAGCCGUAAGGCUUAGAAGGACACAGCAAAGAGAAUUAAUUGAUAGAUUAAAAAGCCAACUAAGGGAAUUGGAACAAUACGCUUUUGAAAAUGGAGAAGCUGGGAUACCACAAGAUGUUCUAUUAGAAAGACAGAGGGUUAUUUUGAAUGAGUUAAAGACUAGAAUGAAUUUGGAAUUAGAUGAAAAAGAUUACCAUCAGUUGUCAACUGCCGAUGUAAAACAGCAAAUCAACGUGGCCCUCGACCAGUUGGUUAGCCCGUUAAGAGUGAAAGAGCACUUAGUAGCGCAACUCAAAACACAGGUUGCAGAUCUGGAAAGAUUUAUAAGUUAUUUACAAGCUGAUAGCAACAAAAAUGCUAAAUGUAGUUGUGGUUGUGCAUAUCAUUCAGUUAAGAAACCAUUUAGAAGCGAAACAACAAUCGGAUUAAUACAAAAAACAGCUACUUUGUUGCAAAUGUUUGCUGUUAUGCAAUUGGGCUGUGGUGUUAGAUCUCAGUUCAAGAAAAAUGAUCUUAAAAAUACCAUGAAAGGCAAUCAUUGGGGUGACUUGAGGGCAAAACUGGAGUUAGCCAUCAAUAAUGUGAAGGAAUUAGCAGAAGCAAAUGAGCAGAGAAUUAAUUCGGUUCAGGGUGAUUACUCUAGUGAUUCCGAAACUCAGUCAAUUUCUUGUGAUGUCCAAUUAACAACAGCGGUUAGGAAAUAUUUAGCACCAUGCAUAAGAGAUUUGAUGCAGCAUGGAUCUUGCGUUGCCCAAUCUACAAGUCUGGUGCCUUUCAUGGGGUGUUUCCCUAGACGAAACUCUUUGUCGGCGACUGACAUUCAUGCCUGGGAAAUUAUAUUAGAAUAUUAUCACUUGAAAAACGGUGAAAAAUAUAAUUCUACGCCGGCUCGGAAGUUGUCUCAGAGUUUUAAUUUGGAUAUUGCCGGUGCCUCGCCUUCAAGCAACAAGCACAACAUGUUGUGUGCCAUUGGAAGUAUUAUUUCCACACAUACGCCUUAUAAAAGAAGCUGCGAUUCACAUUUUAAGGCUUUCGUUUGUGCCGCCUUAAACGCUAACAAAUUAGUUCCUUGGUUAAAUUUGUUGUUUACAUGUAAUCAGUUAAUUAAAACUCAUUAUCUUCCAUGGAGUUAUGUAAUGAAGACUGGUUUUCAAGAUAGUUUGAAAAGUUUGGAUAUGCUAACCAAACACAAGUUCGACUUGCCAGUGGAUUUGGCCAUAAGACAGUUUCAGAAUAUUAAAGACGUGUUUACAUGAUCUUACCGAAAAUUUUGUUCUAGUCAUUUUGUGUUCUUUAAUUAAGUUGUUCUUGUUUGAUUAGUUUAAAAUUGUUGACUAUCAAAAUGACAUAUUUUUAUUAUCCAAUCGUCCACAUUCCAAGUUCUUAUGGUUCUUAUGAAUAUUGUAAAUCUCAAUUUUCUCUCAGUAUUAAACAUGACGAAUCUCUAUUCAAUUUCAUCUGUUAACUUGAUAUGUGUUGUACAAUUUGAUUGCUGGAAAUAAAUCGUUUUUUUUC